AUGAAGGAACAACCUAGAAACUCUUUGUUGCCUCCUUCACAAGGUUUUAUUAAGCUUAACACUGAUGCUGCUUGGAGAUCCAAGGACCUAGCUUGUGGGGGAGGAGUGUUCAGAAGCAUUUUUGGUUCGUGGAUUUUGGGAUAUUCUUCUAAAUUUAAUGUCAACACUCCCCUAGCUGCAGAGUUGUAUGCCAUCAGAGAAGGUUUGGUGAUUGCCAAAGAUCACAUGUGUAAUAAAGUGGAGAUCGAGACUGAUGCCUUACAACUUAAGGACCUUUUGGAUUCAGUGGAUGAUUAUUCUCAUCAUGAGUUAGGGCCAUUUCUUAGAGAGGCGGCUCAGUUGUUACAGCAGAAUUGA